AUGGAUAAUCAUCAAAGGGAUGAGGUAAAUAAUUACUUAUCAAAUUGGGGAGAAGAAAGAAAUAAUGAAAAUGAAAAAAAUCAAAAUGAAAUGCAAAACAAACCUUGGAGAGGUUAUCACCUAUCAAGCAUGGAAGAAAAUAGAAUCACAAACACGGCAAGUGGUUACAUAACAAAUGAUAAUACAACUAGAUAUGCUGAAAACCACUUUAACGAGAAUGAACAAACAACAAGAGUAUCGAUAAAAGAUCUAUAUCAUAAUUUUAAUAAAACACGAAAUUUACUAAUAGAAAAUGAAGAAGCACCAAAAUCCUAUAAACAUAAUAUAACUACAAAUAUGCUUAAUGAUGAAUGGUUUUUUAAAGACAUACACUUCGAUUAUACUUCAAGUAAAACACAAACUAAUAUAAGUUCUGAGCAAUUAUCUGAAAAAAAUAAUCAUAAAUAUAGUUAUCCUAUUUUAAAUCAAGAACAUAAAGUAAACCAAUCUGAUAAUAAAACUAAAAAGGGAAAUAAAAAUAGCAAUACCAAAUCUGCUAAGACAAAUAAAAAAACAACCAUAAUGGAUUAUUUCCAGCCAAAUAAUCGACAUAAAAAUAGUAUAGAAGGAAAAGAUAAAUUGAAAAAUGAAACUGCACAAAAUAUAGACCAGCUUAACACCCAAUUUCAACCUUGUAGAGAGAUAAAGAAAAGUAGUUUGGGCAUCCAUGAUGAGGAAGUAAAUUUAUAUAACAUAAACGGGGAUAGAGAAAGAGAGAGAGAUAGUGAAAGAGAUAGAGAAAGAGACAGAGAAAAAAGUUGUAUGCAUAAUGAAUUCAUGUUCUGUUUGAAAAACGGGGAAAAACAUACCGAAAAUUUUGACGAUGGAGAGGAAAAUCAAUUUGAUAAAAACCAAGAAAAUGUAAAUAGAAAAAAAUAUAACAUCAUAGAUGAAAACAAUGAUAAUAAUAAUAGUCUUAAUAAUGGUCCUAAUAAUGAUCCUAAUAAUGGCCCUAAAAAUGGUCUAAAAAAUAUGAGUAUUGAAAAUAUAAAACAAGUAUUAAGUUCAAACGACCCCAAUACAUUAAAAAUAUUAUUAUGCACAGAUAACCAUUUAGGAUAUAAAGAAAAUAAUCCGAUACAAAAAAAAGAUACUUUUAAUACAUUUGAAGAAAUUUUAUUUAUUGCAAAAAAAUUAAAUGUUGAUAUGAUUUUAAAUAGUGGUGAUUUAUUUCAUAAAAAUAAGGUCUCUGAAUAUACACUUUUUAAGACUAUGUCAAUUAUAAGAAAGUAUUGUCAUGUAAAUAAUAAAAAGGAUGGAGAUAAGGAUGAAAAUAAUUUAAGUGAUAAAUAUAAUAGUUUUAAUAUGAAUCCUCUUUCUUUACAUCAAGAAGAAACAGGUAUUUCCUUCUAUUCAGACACACAUGUAGACACAACAAAUUAUACUACCCCCCUUAAUGAAGUUACAAAUUAUCGAUACGAUUUUUAUGAGGGAGAAGAAAAAAUUUCGAAUGAAUUUUUUGAAACGGGAACAAGGCAAAGGGGACGAGGCGGUGGAAAAAAUGGUGGAAAAAAUGGUGGGAAAAAUGGUGGGAAAAAUGGUGGGAAAGAAAUGAAGCAACGAGAAAUAUACUAUUCAAGUUCAGAUGAAAGCUAUGAUGAAAUUCGAAAAAAUGUACAAGAUAAUAUGCUAAAUAAAACAGAUAAAGAAGAAUAUAAUACAGAGAUGAAAAUAUUGCCAGUGAAAGAAAAAUUUGAAAAAUCGAUUCCAUUUUAUACAAUACAUGGAAAUCAUGAUUAUCCAUAUAGUUAUGAUUAUAUAUGUCCAUUAGAUAUUUUAAAUAUUUCUAACUUAAUAAAUUAUAUUGGCAAAAAUAAUAUGGAAAGAUUAGUAAUAAAGCCAAUAUUACUAAAUAAAAAAGGAACACAUAUAUCUAUUUAUGCAAUUGGAUGGAUUAAAGAUGAAAGAUUAUAUCAUUAUUUUGAAAGUAAAAGUAUAAAAUUUAUAAUACCAGAAGAUUAUAAAAAUCGAAUAAAUAUAUUAGUAUUACAUCAAAAUAGGUAUAUGAGAAAUACAAACUCUAAUAAUUCAAAAAAUUUUAUAAAAGAAUCUUUUAUUCCGAGUUUUAUAGAUUUAGUAAUAUGGGGUCAUGAACAUAAUUCAAAACCACAAUUAGAGGAAAGUAUAUUUCAAACUUUUUAUAAUUUACAAUUAGGUUCUUCUGUCCGAACUUCUUUAUGUGUAAAUGAAUAUGGUGAUAAAUAUAUUGGUUUAUUAGAAAUAAAAAAUGAAAGAUUUCGAUUUUUAAAAAUAAAUUUAGAAACUGUUAGACCAUUUGAAUUAAAAGAAAUAAAACUAGCAAACUAUGAUCUUGAUUUUAAUGAUGAAUAUAUUCUUAAACAAUUUUUACAUGAUCAAACAAAUUUGAUAUUAGACAAAAUUAGAAAACAGCUUUUAAAUCAAAUUAAAAAUUAUUAUAUUUUAAAAAAAAUAUUUUUACCUUUUUUAUUUGAAAAAGAAAAAAAUGAUAAAAUGAAUUGUGGAAUUACAGAUGUAGAGGAAGAAAAUAUUAUAUUUAAUAUUACUGAUAAUUGUGUGAAUGAUUUUUUUUGUAAAUUACAAAAUGACGACUUCUAUACUAGUAGUUUUAUUCAUCUAGCUUUUUCAGAUAAAGAUGAUACAUUCAAUUUACUAAAAAUAAAAAAGAAUGUAUAUAAUAAACCACUUAUAAAAAUAAAAAUAGAAUAUAAUGAAAUAAAUAUAAUAAAUACGCAGUUGUUUGGUUCUGAAUUUAUUGAUAAAAUUACAAAUGCAUCUGAAUUUUUAUCAUUUUAUAAAAGAAAACCAAAACUAAAAGACUUACAAGGAGAAAAUGCCGAUUCUAAUGAUAAAAAAAUAGAUGUAGAAGAUAAAGAAAUUUCAAAUAUGGAAUAUAUUAAUGAAUAUAAUAAAGUUUUUGAUAUAUUGUUUGAUUAUUGUAAUAUUAAAAAUGAUUUAUUAAUUUUAAAUCAAAAAAUAAUAAUGGAUACUAUACAAAAUGUAAUUAUAAAUACAAAUCCAUCUUUUGGAUCGGAUGGUAGUACUAAUUCAAAUUAUAGUUCUUUAGAACUUAUGGCAGAAAAAAUCUCUGAAGAAAAAAUUAAAAAAUUAAUGAAUGAAUUAAAGGAUGUUCCUGUUGAGCAUAUCACCACUGAUUAUAUCGAAACUGUUGGAAAAUCGAUAAAUUCAACUGUCUCUGAAACGUGA